CACCAGUACAGUCGUGAACUCGGUCAGAUACAAGUACUCGUGGUUAUUCGCAAUCUCGUUCUUUGAGAUCCUCUAGGGAACGUCUCGUAUAUAAUGUCCAACACCAUCGCGCUUUACCCCCUCUCGAACUUCACGUUCAGCACGAAGGAGGCGCAGCCAGAAGAAGAUCCCUCCGUCUCUGCUCGUCUUCAGCGUUUGCAAAACAACUAUGAGGAUUUCGGUAUGCGACGAACGGUCGAAGGUAUCUUGGUCGUGCACGACCACGGUCACCCACAUAUUCUGAUGCUUCAGAUUGCCAAUGCAUUUUUCAAACUGCCCGGCGACUACCUGAAACCCGGCGAGGAUGAGAUUGACGGGCUCAAACGUCGUUUGGAUGAACGCCUCGCUCCCCCGACGAAUACACAGCAAUUUGAUUCGUCCCAUGGCAUGGGAAAUGAGUGGGAAAUUGGAGACUGUUUGGCGCAGUGGUGGCGUCCGAACUUCGAGACAUUCAUGUAUCCAUUUAUUCCUGCCCACAUUACGAAGCCCAAGGAAUGCAAGAAGCUCUUUUUGGUGCAGAUGCCUGAACGAAAGGUUCUAGCAGUGCCCAAGAACAUGAAACUACUCGCCAUACCCCUGUUCGAGCUGUAUGACAAUGCUGCUCGCUAUGGUCCGCAACUCUCUGCUAUACCCCACUUACUGUCUCGGUAUAAUUUCAUCUACCAAUGA